CCUUCUCUGCCGAUGAGGCGGUGCGCGUGGCCGCUGCUGCGGCUGUCGGCGCGCGCGGGGCUCGCCCUGCGCCAUGGCGGGGCGCUUCGCCUCCGCCCCGCCGCCGCCUCGUCGUCCUCCUCCUCAUCGUCCUCGGACGGCGGCGGCUUGCGUGCCCCCGACACCUCCCUCUUCGUGCCCGUGCCGCUGAAGCCCGCCGAGGGCGCGGCGGAGGAGGACGUGGGCGCCGAGCUCACGCGGCCCCUCGAUAAGGGUGAAGUUCUGAAAAACUUAAAUAAGUUUUACAAGAGAAAAGAAAUCCAAAGGCUAGGAGCAGAAAAUGGAUUAGAUGCUCGCCUGUUUCACCAAGCCUUUAUAAGCUUUAGGAAAUAUAUCAUGGAAUCCAGUUCUGUGAGUGCUGAUUUGCAUAUUAUUCUCAAUGAUAUAUGCUGUGGUGCAGGUCACGUGGAUGAUCUCUUUCCAUUCUUCUUGCGACAUGCAAAGCAGAUCUUUCCAAUGCUGGACUGUAUGGAUGAUCUGCGCAAGAUCAGCGAUUUAAGAUUGCCGCCCAACUGGUAUCCAGAAGCCAGGGCUAUUCAGAGAAAGAUAAUAUUCCAUGCUGGCCCUACAAAUAGUGGAAAAACAUACCAUGCUAUCCAGAGAUUUUUGUCAGCAAAAUCUGGAAUCUACUGUGGUCCACUAAAACUUCUGGCUCAUGAGAUCUUCCAAAAGAGUAAUGCUGCUAAUGUGCCAUGUGAUUUGGUGACAGGAGAAGAGCGUGUGUAUGCCACUGAAGAUGCCAGGCAAGCUCCUCACAUUGCUUGUACCAUUGAAAUGUGCAGCACAAACACACCUUAUGAAGUUGCUGUGAUUGAUGAAAUUCAGAUGAUCAGAGAUCCUGCCAGAGGAUGGGCUUGGACAAGAGCCCUUCUGGGACUCUGUGCAGAAGAGAUCCAUGUUUGUGGAGAAAGUGCUGCCAUUGAUUUGGUGACAGAGCUCAUGUUCACUACAGGGGAGGAGGUGGAGGUCCGAAACUACAAGAGACUCACUCCUCUUACUGUGUUGGAUUAUGCCUUAGAGUCUUUGGAUAACCUCCAGCCUGGGGACUGCAUUGUUUGUUUCAGUAAGAAUGACAUUUAUUCCGUCAGUCGACAGAUCGAAGCUAGAGGAUUAGAAUGUGCUGUCAUAUAUGGCAGUCUGCCACCAGGAACAAAACUUGAACAGGCAAAGAAAUUCAAUGAUCCCAAUGACCCAUGCAAAAUCUUAGUUGCUACAGAUGCCAUUGGAAUGGGACUGAAUUUGUGUAUAAAAAGAAUAAUUUUUAACUCAAUAGUAAAGCCAACCGUCAAUGAAAAAGGAGAGAAGGAAAUAGAUUCAAUUACAACCUCUCAGGCCUUACAAAUUGCAGGCAGAGCUGGGCGUUUUGGCUCAUCUUUCAAGCAAGGAGAAGUCACUACGAUGCACCGUGAUGACCUGCUGCAGCUGAAGGAGAUCUUGAGCGAGUCUGUGCCCCCUGUGAAGGCUGCUGGCCUACAUCCUACUCCCGAGCAGAUAGAAAUGUUUGCUUAUCAUCUCCCUGACGCCACUCUAUCUAACCUCAUUGAUAUUUUUGUGAGCCUCUCACAAGUUGAUGGGCUGUACUUUGUCUGCAAUAUCGACGACUUUAAGUUUCUAGCAGAUAUGAUUCAGCACAUUCCACUGAAUUUGCGGUCACGGUACGUCUUCUGCACUGCACCCUUGAACAGAAAGGAGCCUUUUGUGUGUACCACAUUGCUGAAGUUUGCCAGACAGUUCAGUAGGAAUGAGCCUCUGACAUUUGACUGGCUCUGUCGACACACCAAGUGGCCACUAGCCCCGCCAAAGAACAUCAAGGAACUAGUGCACCUUGAAGCUGUUCAUGACGUUUUUGACCUGUAUCUGUGGUUAAGUUACCGCUUCAUGGAUAUGUUCCCUGACGCUGCCCUCGUACGGGACAUUCAGAAAAAGCUAGAUGACAUCAUACAAAUUGGUGUCUGCAACAUCACCAAGCUGAUCCGAGCUUCCCAGUCUGCUGCUGCUUCUGGGGCAGCAGAAGUCACGUCAGAAGGCUUUCCUCUUUCAAGGACUAAGAGAGAUGCUAGGACGGUUUCAGACCAUCGUGAUGCAAAAUCCACAGAGCCGCUCUCCAUUGCACUAGAGGUCCCAGGAGAAAGAAGAGGAAAGAGCUUGAGAACCUAUCGGUCUGCCACAAGGCAGGAGGAUCUGAAAAGCCACAGGCGUGGAUCUCUUGCCAACAGAUUGCUACGUGAAGGACUUCUAACGCAAGAGAUGCUGAGACAGCUGGAGAGCGAGUGGCAGGAUCAGCACAGGAGUGGUAGAUAUGGCCUUGCUUCAAAAAGAAAUGACCAGAGUAGUUCAAAGGAAAUGGGAAAAAAGAAAAAAUAGAAUCCAUGUCCUGACUCUGUUUAGUUUUUAUUCUUAAAAUAAAAUGCUAUUUUAAUAACUUC